AAAUGAAGAAAAAGGAGAGAGAAAGACACUGAAAGAGAGAGAAAGGAGUGCGCCGCGCGAGCAAGGAGGAAGGUACGGCGCGAAGCGAGCGGGCGAGCGUCGCAAAAUCGUUCGAAAGACGUAGAACGUAGGCGGGACUGGCGAAGAUAGGAGAAGUUGCAGUUGACUUCCCGGUCAUCGUUGAAGCACGUCACGCUCAUUCAUUUAUUGGAGAUGCUGUGCCGUGCGAGCAUAUUUGACUUGGAGCGGAGUCUCAGGCAGACUGUGAAACUGUUUUCGACGUCGGCCCACUGCUUGGCAGACGUGAAGAGGUGCGAUCUCCUUGUGGUUGGGGGCGGAGCAGGCGGCAUCUCAACGGCCGCCAAGUUCUCUUCAAAAUUGGGCAAAGGCAAAGUGUGCGUCUUGGAGCCACAGGAUGCACACUGCUACCAGCCCUUGUGGACGUUGGUUGGAGGUGGUCUCAAACCGGCCUCUGCUUCCAUUCGACCAAUGAAAGAAGUGAUGCCCAGCAAUGCGCUCUGGAUCAGAGAUCAAGCAGAGAUGUUUGUUCCACAGGAGAAUGUGGUGGUCACCAAGGGAGGACUCAGGAUUAAGUAUGACUUCCUUGUUGUUGCUGCUGGCAUUCAAGUCCGCUUUGACAUGAUCAAAGGAUUAGAAGAUGCCUUGAAGACGCCCAACGUGUGCUCCAAUUACUCGUACAAGACCGUUACUAAGACCUUCGGUGCAAUGCAGAACUUCAAUGAAGGCGCUGCCAUCUUCACCUAUCCAGCAACACCCGCCAAGUGUCCCGGUGCUGCGCAGAAAAUCAUGUACCUCACAGACGCCUACCUACGUAAGGUGGGCAAGCGAGACAAGGCAAAGAUCAUUUUCAACAGCUCACUUGGCGUUCUCUUUGGCGCACCCAAAUAUGCCGAUGCCCUGUGGGGGGUGGUGAAGGACCGAGACAUUACUGUGAACUUGAAGCAUGAGCUAGUGGAAGUGAAGCCCCAGUCAAAGGAAGCGGUGUUCUGUUUGCUAGACAGCCCUGCUACGCCGAAAGAGACUGUCACCUAUAAGUAUGAGAUGUUGCACGUCACGCCUCCCAUGGCUGCUCCCGCUGUCUUGAAAACUGGGGCAUCCUUUGCGGAUGCAGCUGGCUUUCUGGACGUCAACCCAACGACACUGCAGCACAAGACCUACCCCAAUGUUUUCGGGAUUGGGGACUGCACCAACGUUCCAACCGCCAAGACUGCUGCUGCCGUUGCUGGCGAAAGUGGUGUCCUCCGUAAAAACCUGGAGAAUGCCAUGAAGGGGAAGAAACCUGAAAGAGAGUAUGACGGUUACUCGUCCUGCCCGCUGGUCACUGGCUACAACAAGUGCAUCCUGGCCGAGUUUGACUUCAAGUUGAACCCCCUGGAGACCUUCCCGGUGGAUCAAGGGCUGGAGAGGCGGACCAUGUACCACCUCAAGAGGGACCUGAUGCCUUUGCUCUACUGGACAGUCUUUCUGCGGGGAUAUUGGGAGGGUCCUGGUCUUUUGAGGAAGGCACUGCACCUUGGCUUCUCCAAAUGAGAACUGUUAUCAUCCUGUUGUUCCUGCUUAUGUGCAAGAAGAUUGUGAAUGCUGCCUGCUGCUAUGCUCAAGGAAUAGAUGGAUUAAAAUGAACAAGCAGCCGGGCCUGACUGACACAAGAUGAGAAUAAUUUCCAGCAACCGAUGAUAUGAGCCUGUGAUAUGUAAGCUAGAUAUGAGGAGUUUACUUUUUUUUAUUUUAAUGAGCCAAAUCCAGAAACCUAAACUAAGUCAAUUUUGGCUGAAAUUUGGCGCAUAUCUGGGGGUUGAUUGUUUCCAAAAAGUCGUAAUCUGAAAUCAGUCAUAUUAUGCAAUAAAAACAAAUGUAAAGGUGACUGCGGUAGAAGCUAUCAGCUAGUCCGAUAACCACACAUUCGUGUUUAUCUAAGUUUCACUUUACAUAGAUUGAAUUCAGUAAAAAAAAAAAAAAAAAUACCAAAAAAAACAAGAAAACAAUUUUUUAUGUUUGCAAGGGUUGUUGCCUGAGACAUGGUGAAGCAGGUCUGAAAAGAGUGGUAUUUAGUGAUAAAUCUGAAUAUAUUUGACAGAUAUUAUGUUUUAUUUACAUACAUAGCAACAAACACAGAUAUUUUAUGCUUAGCUACCCUAUUUCUGAAGCAUUUUUCUUCAGCUAUAUUUGUAUAGUCCGUUUGCCUUGGCUGCUCUCACCCGCACUUUCAUUAUUGUUAUGAACUAAGGACUUAUUUUUGCCAAGGCGAGAGUUGAGAAAUGUUAUUGAAUAAAGGUCUUUUUUGUUGAUUUA